CAUAACAUCAAUCACCACCUAAUGACUCCAUGUCUCCGACGUUUCUGUACAACUCUUACAUAUCUCCCCAUCCUUCGUCCGUUUGACCCUCUCACAGCAUUUCCCAACCCUCCACCCUCCUACAGCACAGCUUUCAACCCCAUCCUUCAUCCUUCCACUCCAUCCUUACAUCCAUCAUCACCACCAACACCCAAACGUUGUGAUAGGCUCGAGCACAUCCACAUCAUCCAAUGCGGCUCGUCCCAUAACCGCCCUUCGCUUGUGUCUCCAACAAUCCAACCCGAUCUGAACGUUCGCUACCCAAGCUUCUGGGAAUCCUGGUCGCACCUCAACGCUUGCUCUCGAGGUCAUCCGUACCAGACGUACUCCUUCGUUGCGGCAUGUUGAUCGUACGUCAACAUGUCCAGCAGAGGUGCGGAAAUCCGCCGUCCCAGCAAACGUACCAAGGACAAGGACAGAGAGAAAGAUCGUGACCGUGACCGCGACCGCGACUCGCCUCGAGAACCGAAGGUGAAAGACGAUCGAGAACGGCAUCGACGGAAGUCCUCCCGCAAAGUUUCCACCUCCUCAGCUGCGUCCAAAGAUAAAGACCGUGACCGAGACCGCGAUCGAGAUCGAGACCGCGAACGACACCACCACUCCUCGCGAACUUCCACGCCAACGAAAAUGUCAACCUCCGUCCCUGAAAAGGAGCGUCGUGCCUCCGCCGCCUCGAUCGGCAACUCCUCCACCAACGUGUCGUCAUACCCCUCAUUUUCCAAAGCACACAGUCGCGAAGCCAUUGGCAGUCGUGAGAAAAUUGCGAACCCUCGGUUGUCUCUCUAUACCCCCGACCCUACCGAUCUCGGACACGACAAAGACGGAGCAUGGAAACUGAGUCCUGGUGCUACGAAAACUCCCCCGACGCCGGCCAGAGGAACACAAGCACCUCCCAGUCCUCCUCUUACAGCAACGGAUGCUGGACAAAGAAGGGCGGCGAGUGCCAACAUGGUGAACAUACCAGAGAGAACAAAAACUGCGUCCCCAUCGGCAGGAAGACGAAGCGUGGAUGACGGGUAUAGGCGCAUGAAACCCAGUGCGCCAAAGCCAGUGAAGUCAGCCUCGAGCCUACGAAGAAGCGAGAUAUUACAAGACGACUCAAUUGUGCAAGAGACGGCGUCGACCGGACGGUCAUCACCAAGUACAUUGCGGAACUCCCGUUCAAAAAUGAAAGUUUCUUCGACAGGAGAUGGCACGCAUACUGCACCCACAACAGUCACAGAGUCAGAUGGGACAUCAACUCUGAACGGAAGAUUAAAACCGUCGCAGCAAGGGACCAUGCCAACGUCAAAUUCGUCACCAAUGUCUGCGACAGACUCAUCCCCGAAGACCCCUAUUCAACACAAGCCGCCUAUCUCGCCAUUUGGAACCGGAAAACAACCGAUUUCAGUCGACAUAUUUGCCGGCGAAAGCGAUGUAACACCCGUUCGAACGACAUCAGCAGCGCCUCACGGGUUGGAUCAGGGACAGUCCUCGUUUCAAAGUAACCCCAAUGCUCCCCCUCCCCCGCCUCCUCCACCUAUGAUGGCACCACCAGAUGUUCCCAGAGUCGACUACUUGUUGCAGAACGGUGGCUUACCCCAAUUGAUCCCAAAAACCCUGCUUACUGCAGCGGCAAAAUCUCAAUCAAUCCCGAACUACCAAACAUAUCAGUCUCCGGUUCCUCCGGCUACGCAAAGUUCACAUUCCGAAUCGAUUUUUGGACCGUUCUACAAGCUUCUGUCAGACUACGAACAGGUGAUGACAAAAAAUGGGUCGCUUGCAGUAGCCACAGGAUAUCGCUCCGUUGCUCGACGCCUUCUCGAUCGAUUAGAAGCCGUCUUUGCUCGUAGUAUCUCCGCCGAGGUGUGCUCUUGCGUCAUGUGCCGUUCUAACCCAGACCGUCAACUUCCAAAUUCGGAAGACUCGGGAAUCAGCUGGGGUGAGAUCCUUGAGUACGUUGCUGGCAGACGUGAGCUCCCUCCAUGGCCACCGUUCACCAUCUCCCCCAACGCACAGGGCUUGGGCAUCUCCAUCCGCACACGCGAGGCUCCUAUGCAGAAAUUGGAUAUCGAUAUCCCGGAAGAAUACCAAUCUCAUUACAUUCGACAGAGCAAGAAAACUCAACACGCCGUUCAAUCUUGGCUUGCCAGCCAGCCAUCCGAUCCAUCGAGCCCCCCGGCAGAAAUUGACGAUGAAACGCUUACCUUUGCGAUUCUCACCCACCUGGAACCCUCUCUUCGUCCCCUCUUCAGUGCACUCCAUCUGGAUCUCCCGUCGGUACCCACACCCGGUUCCCGGCCCCCAAGCGCGAUCGAUCGUCCGCGACCCGAAUUGCUGGCAAAAACCGUCUCGGCGAUCCAACGGCUUUACCGACUACAGAAACCCCCACGGGACGCAGAGUGUACCAUCUACCUUUUGAAGAAUCCGCACAUCCACAGUGUGCUCGCCACCAUGGCUGCGGUCAGUGAGCAUGAAUGGGAUGUCCUCGUAUCCGGUCGAUUCGACGGCUUCCUGUGGUCUGGCGCCGAAGGCAUCUAUCCGGUCCCUCCAUCCAGCCGUAACACCCAAUCUCCCAGCGUCGUACGGCCUGGAAUUUCUCACACUGAAAUCGCCGUCCUCGCCGAGAUCGAGCGCGAGAUCUACACCGGCAUGGAGGUCCUCGAGGACGCCUUCGAGGCGCUGCACGCACACGCCGAGACGGUGCGGCAGAAGCUCCGCCAGCGCGGCGCCGGGUUGGCGAUGUUGGCGCAGGCGCGCCGGGGUGGGUCCGGCGGCGUCGAGGUGCGCGGUGGGACGCCGGCGAGCGGGUGGGGCGAGGGGGAGAGCGAGGGGGACGGGGGGACGGAGGUGGGGUGGUGGGAGGAGCGGAGUGAGAUCUUGCCGGAUGAUUCAGCGAGUAAUGUGAGUUUUGGGCGGAGGAAGCGGAAGGAGGCGCGGUCGGGGAGGAGGGGACGGGUAGGGUUGGUGAUGGAGGCGGGGGAUGAAUGAGAUUGAUGAAAGACGUCAUGGUCAUGAGAGCGAUUGGCAUGCAUUGUUUGGCGUUGGUUGGUUUUACAUGCCACAGCGGUGACGGGAAUGAGCUUAUGAGAUUCGGCAUCGUGUAGGGUUACCAAUGUUCCCAAGCCAGCUGUUGGCGCAACUACGCACUUCAUUAUCAAUUUGCUCGGUAUCAUUAGCAAGCGUGCUUGAUAGAUCGCUGCCAAAGGGGGAAAUCGAAGUUGGCAAUCAUCUCCCUAUUACACUCAAAUAAUGAAAUCCAUGCCCUGGAGGUAUGUUUCCACU